AUGGCGUCGGGGCGCAUGGCGGCUGCGGCGCGGGAGUUUUCCUGGCAGGCUGCGGCCCCGCGGAGGAGGCGGGCGGUGGGGAGGCGGUCGCGGCGGGGCGAGGCGGAGCCUGGCGGGUCCCGGGCCGAGCCGGAGGCGGACGGCGGAGGUGUGCUUCGUCGCCUGCGCGAGGCCGAGGAGGACCUACGGAUAUCUGAUUUCUGGAGUUCAGCACUGGAAACCAUCAGCCAGUGUCUGAGGAAGCAGCGCGAACAACUGACGGCCACUCUCCCGGAAGCCCUGGGAGGCCUGAGCCUCGGCUCGUCGGCGGGCCCGGGUGGCGGGGAGCGCCCGGCCGCGGCGGCGGGCACCGGCUGCGUGAAGUGCGUGUGCUAUGGCAUCGGGAACUUCGCCUCCUGUGGCAUCGCCAGGACCCAGCUCGCCUUCCUGCUGCUGCUCCUCGGGAAGUGCGGGGUCCCCAGGAGUCACUGCUGCGUCUACGACCCCGUGCUCAGCCCGGCUGAGACGGAAGUGCUCGCCGCCCUCGGAGUGACUGUCCUCGGCGAGAACGAGGAAGGGAAGCGCAGCGUCCGUGGGGAGCGCACCGUCUUCUACAUGCCGCACUGCGGGACGGCCCUGUACAACAACCUGCUGUGGAGCAACUGGUCCGUGGACGCCCUCUCCAGGAUACUCAUCGUCGGGAACAGCUUCCGAGGCCUCGAGGAAAGGUUACUGACGAAGAUUCUGCAGAAAAGUUACCGCUACCUUGCACAGAUCCAGGGAGGCCUGGAGGAGCUUGCCCUGCCUGAGACUCCACAGUACACAGAUGUCUUUAAUGACACUUCUGUCCACUGGUUCCCUUUAACAAAGCUGGAGGGACUCCCAGGGGACCUGUGGGCAGCUCCACAAGAGCCUGACUAUCAGGACUGUGAGGACCUGGAGAUCGUCAGGAAGCAGGCAGCAAGCCCUCCAGACCACUCAUCGUGACCCAGCUGGUUGCUGCUGGACCAGAAGUGCCACCAGACCCUAGUAGCAACUGCAGACUGCCUCCUCUGUGGUGGACACGGAACUGUGAUGGGGACAGACUGAGAACUCAGUAUAAACAGAUGUGCUGCUGAAGUGGCACCAGGCCAACCCUUCCAAAUACAGACAUUUUUAACAAUGA